CCCAAACCACCUUUCCCAAUGCAGCAAUCAAAUUUCCCAUCAUGAACUUCUCCCCUCGACUCACCGACAAGCAAAAGUACAAUCUCAAAUUCAUCAAUAACACAAUGGCAACACAUUUUGACUUUCUCACAGAAAUCCCACACGAUAUGUUUACCACAACACCGGACAACAUUCACUGGACACCACACACGGCCAAAUUAAUCUUUGAAAACUGGUGUAAUCAACUAAAUUUACAAUAAUCAAUAAACCCAAUCCGGUAAUCAACACAGAUCAACACAAUAAAUCCAAUUUCACGGACCCCAAUACCAACCUUAACACUUCUAAUAUUCUUAAUUUGUCCAAAUUAUUCACCCCUUCCACUUCACAGCAGCAACUUUUGGAGAGGGGGUUAACAUUUGUUCCACGCCCCGUAAAACAUGACUGGGAGGAACUUCAAAGGGACCUUCACAAAUACCAUAGACGACUUAAACUCAUCGACUAUUUUCAUUUCAAACCACAAUUCAACUCAAAACCAUUCACACACCCCUCCAAUUGGGAGCCCCCGCUGUCCCAAUUGGACAUCAGAACCCAACGCCUUAUUAAAACAGAUAGACAGGCCCUGCGCACAUAUCGGCCUCCGGCAGAUGUCUCAGAUAAUCUGCCGGAGACCGAACGCAGGGCCUUAAAACAACUUAUCAAUAACCCAAAUAUUAUAAUCAAGCCAGCCGAUAAAGGCUCCAAAAUUGUAAUCAUGGACCGCCAACAGUAUCUUUUAGAAGCCAAUAGACAAUUAGGAAACACUCAACAUUAUAAACCAAUACAACAGAGCCUACAACCACAAACACAGAUACAACUCAGAACAAUAAUCCAAUCCCUUUAUCAAAACAAAUUUCUUAAUGCCAAGCAAAAAAACUACCUCUUCGGUCCAGAUCAUCCACGUCCCCGCUACUUUUAUCUGCUCCCAAAAAUACACAAGGAAUCAAUAACCUGGACUAUUCCCUUUGAAGUUCCUCCCGGUAGACCAAUUGUCUCAGAUUGUAACAGUACAUCCUACAAUAUAUCACAAUACAUCGACCACUACUUGGGCCCCCUCUCCACCAAACACCCCAGUCACAUCAAGGAUACAUACCAUUUCCUUGAUCUCAUCAGACCCAUGGCUGUCCCCAUUCAUUCCCUUCUUUUCACCAUUGACAUAAACAGCCUUUAUACAAACAUAAACACAGUUCUGGGCCUUAAAACAGUAUCAUCCAUUUUUAAUCAGUACCCAGAUAAACAUAGACCGGAUUCAGAAUUACUCCAACUCCUUAGUAUCUGUUUAAAUAAUAAUGACUUUCUUUUCAAUAACAAUCAUUUCCUCCAGGUCAGCGGGACAGCCAUGGGUCAGAGAUAUGCACCAUCCUACGCCAAUAUCUACAUGAGCGAGUGGGAGCGAGAAGCACUGGCGAAGUGUCCACACAAACCCUCUGUCUACCUUAGAUAUCUGGAUGAUAUCUUCGGUAUAUGGCCUCAUGAUGCCGCACUUUUUUCAGAAUUCAUCAACAUUCUCAAUAACCACCAUCCAUCCAUAACAGUUACAUAUAUAUUAAAUGCACAACAGGUUAAUUUUUUGGACACUACAGUUUUCUUUCAACAAUCAAACAAUACACAGAAUAGACUACUCACUAAGGUUUACUUUAAGGACACAGAUACACAUGCACUUUUACACAAGGCCAGCUAUCAUCCAAAACACACAUUUAAAGGUAUUAUUAAAUCACAAAUUAUUAGAUUCUACCGCAUUUCAUCUAAAUUAACAGAUUUCCAUACAUCCACACAAAUCCUUUUCCGUAGCCUCACAACCAGAGGUUACGGAAAAAGAUUCCUUAGAACAAUAAAAACCACCACUUUGUCAUCUCUCGCUCCUGCUCGCUCUUGUCUUCCAGAUACCCAGUUGUCAUCUCCAGUUUCCGGCAUGACGUGGCCUCCACCUCCUACUUCCUCAAAAUCCCUGUCUUCCCCUUCCCCCCACUCCCCCUACCCGAACCAGGGUCUGUAUCCUAAUCCUAACCCCCCACCCAUCACGCCUAAUCCUAAUUCUUACCCCUACCCAGGAGUUGGAGGCCAUCCCAAUCGGCGGACCAUCAACCCAUCUACACUACUACAACCUCAUUCCACCCCCAUGGAUCCCCAGCAGAUUAUUCCAUUUGUUUCUACUUUUUCCCACAGAAUAACCGGACUUCACCAUACCAUCAAACAAAACUUCCUACAGCACCCCCCCAGCAGCCUUAUUAUAUCUGGUCUUGAGUCCAAUGACCGUUGGACCACGGGGCAAAGGAAGAGAGCGGAGAAGGUAUGGAUCGAGAGACUUGGCACCACUGUACCAAGGGGGCUGAAUGAUACGUAAAAAAUAUACAAUUAAUAUAACCUCCCCUGAGACGGCCUCCACAUUUUUUAAUCUUUAUUUUAUAUAAUUUUUUUUAUGUCAUAUGUUUUUUUUAAAUAUAUAUAUGUGCAUGCCAUAGCAUAUUUAUUUAUUAUUAAUUGUAUUUAAUGUUUAUUUAUUAGCACUUAAUAAUCUUGAUUUUUAUGGACCAACAUUUACUAUUUAAUUUCUUGUUAUUUCAAAUUUGCAUGAUUUUAGCAUGUUUUUAUUAGCACUUAUUUUAUUAGCACUUAUUUUAUAUUACCUUUUACCGUGUUUAUUCUGUAUUUUAUUCCCUGUCUUUUUAUUAUUAAAUCUUUAUGCUGGUCUAAUAAAUCUCAAUUGAUUACAUUAUUUAUUCUCUUGUUUGCUUAUAUUUUCAAUUAUUUUGUUAUGGUAUUGUAUUUAUUAAUUUGCAUGUUCAUUUUGCAUGUUUAUUUAAUUGGCGUGUUUUGUGGCCUUCUUUGCCUUGGCCAGGCUUUUUUUCUUUUUUUUCCUGUUUUUUUUUCCCCCCUUUUUUAUCCUUUUUUUCUUUUU